ACAGAAUUAUUGAAAGCUGGAGUUAAAAAAAAAAAAAGCAAUUCUUUCUGGGAUCUGAGGCUGGCUGAGGUUUACUGAAGUUUGUUCCCGUCACAGUUAUGUGAGAAUUUCAAUUGCAGGCUGUAAAUAAUUGAUUGAAAUUCUAGGUAUAAACUUGAAUGUUUUGCAUUCUGCCCUGCUGCUGCUGUCACCCGAAUGCAAUCACUAACUUUGUCUACAGUUAAUCCAAGUACCACAAACUCCAUGAUGCAGGAGUUGGAAGCGGAGAACAUUUUAAUGAGUUGUACAUACCGAGGAGUAGACAAUUUUCUCUCCUCUUUAGCGGAGCAGAUCAUAUGUCUGGCUCUGUGACAGGUCUUGUCACCCACUCAUACCAUGACUCACUUUGGUGAGAACUGGGAUGGGGGUGGCAGGCGGAGUUGGUGGAGGCAUUACCCGGGCACUCUCAGGGCCUCCCUGAAGGGGUGUAAGGUUUUGCUAGAUUGUAGACUUAGUAGAUUGUAUCUCCUCGCCCCUGCUGCCCCCUAUGUGGCUAUCCUGUUCUGUUGAAUAUACCGUGUUGAAAGCAAGCUCUCCACGUCGCAGAAGACCACAGAGGCUUGCUCAAAGGGAUGGGUUUGUGUGAGUCCUCUUAUUAACUACUAGAGCCGCCCCUCAUCUCAACCCUAAUGGAUCCCACUUAUGCUGUCAUCACCAUGCCAACCAGCUGUCAGCUUUGGUGCAGCGAGGCUUUUGUGCUUUGGAGAGAUGCAACUGUGUCGUGUUGAUCUGUCUCAGCAUACAACAAGUCACCACCUCAAAGGAGCCACCAAAGUAAUGCUUCUCUUCUUCUCGGAGAUCAUUUGAUUAAAGGGAAAAAACAGCCACUGACACCUUAUUGUAAAGCCUGAAUACAUUAAGAUAAGAGGACACCCGAGUCCAGGUCAAAUAAAGGCCUAUUUAUUGAGGCUAGACAGGCCGCAUACGAAAUCUGUUGGCAGCUGUUCACUACUUGACUUCAGAGGAUUAAGCAGGCAAAAAGGAAUAUGCAAGAUCAGCACGCCUUUUGCUCGGCGGAGUUGGCAAUGUCUGGUGUAGAAGUUAAUAAUGGAAGAUAGAAAGACCAGCACCUGUUAAAUAUCAGAUGCAAAUCAAAGCGGUUGUAAUAAAAUUACAGACAUGCCAGCAGGAAUGCAAAUUGAAUACUAAAUACUGUACAGCAACCUCCGCUUCAGAAUCUAGUGAAUGACUCUGCCUGUUGACAUGCAAUUUAUUUUUCAUAAUAUGCCAACACACUCAAAGAGAUGAGAGUUUUUGUUUGCUGGAGAAUAUAGGUCACCUCCACUCAGCUGCCUGGAUGUCACAUGACAACUGACAUACAGUACUGUGUGGCAAAACAACAAAAGAUUAGAAGCUUUUGCGAGGCAUUGACUAUAUUUGUCCUACAGUUGGUUCUGGGUAUAUUUAAGGCCUUUGUGAUUCACAGCCUCUGAUCUGGACAUCGGCAGGGAGUGAGGAUUCAAUAUUUUAAUCCAGCGUAAGAGAUGACUCGCGUAAUCCCGCAGAUCUACCUACUUAGAAAUAUGAAGAACCUGUAGGAGGGCAUGAUUUUAAAUCAAGAAAUAUUUCACAAAACCUUGCCCACACCUGAAUUCCUGACAUGAUACGGUUAUUUUUCGCUGAAAGCCUUGCAUAACACACAUCGGGUAGGUCAAAAAUAACAUAGCCUUACGUUAUCCCUCAGAGGCUUGUAGGUACCACCUACAUGCACUGCAGAACCGUGUUCCUACAUCAUCUGCCGCUCCAAAAAUGGCUUACUUUUAUUGCAAGCGGGUAAUUCGAGAUCGCUUUCUUUACAAGGAGCGGCACUCAAGUGAAUGUAGAGCGAAGACGGAGUGAAAGAGAGUUCAUGUACACAGAGCUGCAUUCCUCUCAGCCUCAUCACUGUCACUGACCUUCCUGUGUGUGGAUACGAGGGAUUAGGCCUGUGGGCAGGGCUGGUGGUCUUCCCGGGCUAUUUUUAUGAAGAUGUCUGCCCCCCUUGAUCCGUUUGGAAAACUGAUAUGAGCACAUGUUCUGAAAUUCAAAUGUAAUCAGUUAUCUGUCAGUCAAAGAAAAACAGAUGAAUUUGAAUAUUUAACCAUUUGGAAAACAAAGAUGCCUGUUGUUUUUUUUGUUGUUUUUUAGACAGCCAUACCUGUGGGCUCACUUAACUUGGUUGAACAAGACAAACAUUUACACAGAGAAACACGAAACGCCUGAAUUAUAAAUUCAUUUGUGAUGAUCUGGGCUCAGCACCAUUUGUUCCACAGCGACACACUCCCAAUUGACUUUAAAUGAAGUAACAGGAGUAUCACUAUUAGUAAGACGGUCGCCGUUUAAAGUGUCAUUUCUGCUCCCUGCUCGUUUAUUUCGCCGUGGAUGGAUUGAACACCCACCGGCCCGCAGCUUCCCCGUUCUGAAGUGCUGCCAAGGCGCUCUCAAUAGCCACUGAGAGGUCCUGGCAAUAUAGUUCAGUACCUGGCAACCACAAAGCUGCUGGCACCUACCUCUCAUAAGCCAUCUGCAACUGCUUGUGUGUGUAGCAGGCGCUGACAAAGGCCACAAGUGUGUCCAGACAUGUCACAGAAACCAAGUGGCCAACGCGCUCUGCUGUGGCCCCAAUGUCCAAAGUGAUAUUAGGGAGAGGUAAAGAUUUUGGAUGCUUUGGCUCAAGUUUCAUCAUUAAGUGAACUGACUGUAUUUAUUAAAAAAACAUUUAGGCGCUGACAUUAGUGACCUAGUAGGCUGUAUGGUCCCCCAAUGAUAACCUUCUUGACCUAAAGUUGCCAUUUCCUACAAUGAUUAAACCAGUUCAAGCCUUUGUGCACCAUCAGCUUCCUUAAAAGGUGCAGAAUGAUGCAGUGGAGUAUGUCCAUUCUCCCCAGAGAUUACCGCUAAUAAGAGGGCCUGUAUUUAUAGAAGAGCCCCCCAGUGGAUACCCCAUAAUCCUGCCUGACCCCUUUUCAUCCCUGCUCCAGCCCAGUGUCCGCAGUCCCCGGCUUCAGCCUCAUCCUCACCCCACAUCAGCUGAGGUAGAGACUUGUUUAAAACGACACUGCUUUUUUUUCAGUUUUUCGCAAAGAAAGGGGGAAAAAAACAGCUUGGCCUCUUUGCUUGCUUGAUGAGAGGGAGAAGGAAUUGCCUGGACUAUUACAGGGCAUUUUCAAUCUUUUCUGUUCUUCCCUAUUGUCCAAUUUUUCUCCUCCUGCUCUCUCUGACCCGCAGCUAAGAAAAGCAAACAAUGUCUACCAGCGAGCGCUUCGACUGCCAUUACUGCAAAGACUCCCUGCUGGGGAAGAAGUACAUAAUGAAAGAGGACACACAGUACUGCACUAAGUGCUAUGAAAACCUGUUUGCUAACUGCUGCGAGGGCUGCUCUUCAUCAAUUGGCUGUAACUCUAAGGACCUGUCCUAUAAGGAACGCCACUGGCAUGAGCAGUGCUUCAAAUGUGCAAAGUGCAGCCGCUCUCUGGUGGAAAAGGCCUUUGCUGCCAAGGAUGACUUGUUGCUCUGCACUGAGUGCUACGCUCAUGAUUACUCCUCCAAGUGCAGCACCUGCAAGAAAACCAUCAUGCCAGGUUCCCGCAAAAUGGAAUACAAGGGGAACAGCUGGCAUGAGACCUGCUUCCUGUGCCACCGCUGCCAGCAGCCAAUAGGAACCAAGUCCUUCAUCCCCAAAGACACCGGCUACUUCUGUGUUCCCUGCUUCGAGAAGCAGUUUGCUUACCAGUGCUGCGCUUGUAAGAAGGCCAUCACAACAGGUGGAGUGACCUACCAAGACAAGCCCUGGCACCGCGAGUGUUUCCUAUGCAUUGGCUGCAGAAAGCAGCUGUCAGGCCAGCGCUUCACCUCCAGGGAAAGCUACCCCUACUGCCUCGAAUGUUUCAGCAACCUGUAUGCAAAGAAGUGCGUGGGCUGCACCAAAGCCAUCACCAGUCUGGCCGGGGCCAAGUACAUCUCCUUCGAGGAACGCCAGUGGCACAGUGAGUGUUUCACCUGCAUGCAGUGCUCCGUGUCACUGGUGGGACGCGGAUUUCUCACCCAGCGCGACAACAUUUUGUGCACUGACUGCGGGAGGGAGAAGUAACCUUUUCAUGGAAGGAUCACAGCUUCCUCUGAAUGACAACAACAGCGCUUAUUCUGAUAAAAAUACUGUGGCUCCAUUAAUAUUCCCUGUUAGCAUGCCUGACACAAAAUUAAACUCUGAAUGUCAAAUGCUUAUCUUUGAGUUAUAAAUGACUGUGUUAUUUCCAUAAAGACAAACAUCUAUCUUUUUUUAAUAAGUUAGGUUGUCGAAUGUGCUACUGUUGAUGAAUGUUUUUCUUGUGUCCUGAAAUGAAAAAUCUUUUUUUUGUUGUUUUUUUUCUCCUCACUCAUUUAUUUUUGACAAAGAUAUUUAUUAAUAAUAUUAGUCAGUUCGAUGUUUUUUUUCCCUUUCUGAUCAGCAAAAAACUUCCUUGCAACAACAGACUAAAUAUAUUUAGGUUUUGAACUGAUGAUUGAGCAAUUUGUGGAUGUCACUUUAGCUUGAAUUUUUCACUAUUUUUAUAUGUUAUAUGGUAGAAAGGAUUAGCUGAGGAAGUUACCAGUUGUUCAAUGCUGAAAAGAAUUGUUAGGUGGAGCCCUAAAAAGCACACUGUGUUAUUGCCAAUCAGCUGGGCGGGGAUAUAAGGAGGGAUCUCCCAACUGCUCAGUUGGUUGUGGGUAGGUGACCUGGAAGGUUUGACACCAUCAGUCAGCCUUCCUCUGGGAACUUAAUUGUUUUUGUGUUGUGUCAGGGCACAGAACUCAGCACUUCUUUACUUUUGUUCUGGGGAAUGUUUUUCUUUUAAGGGGUUUCAUUUUUGUUUGGUCUAUCACCUUGGUAGAUUUUAGUGUGGGAUAGUGGUAUUCAACCACACACUAUCCUCUUUUAGACCACAGAAUCCUGUUUUCAGUUUGUGCAGUUUUUUGCUAGUUUCACCCAUUAUCAACCUUGGUUCAUUUAGUUUGGUCUGAGACAAGGGGGUGAAACGUAACAGUAGGUUAUAAGUGUCAAAAGGUAACAUCCACAUGAUCACCGAGACCCAAAGUUUGCCAGCAAAAACAUGCAUCGCAAUAAUAUUUGCCAUCUCACCUGUCAGUGGUUUUAAUGUUGUGGUGUGCUGCUGUAUGCUUACUGCACAUUGGUGAUGCCUACAAAAAUGUACUUGUACUGAAGCUUGUUUGAAUAAAUAUUUUUCUAGCCCUGC